AAGGACUUAUCCCUUUCAUUUAACCCUUAGAUCACUCAAGCAGUUCUUUACGUACUCUCGUCUUUCAAAUCAUCUAUUUACUCCUGAAGAAACACUAGCACAAUGUAUUUGACCGUUUUUGCAACUGUUAGCGCUUUGGCUGCUGUUGUGACAGGCCAGUGCACAACUAUGGACUCUGUUACGCAUACCUUCUUUGGUUUUCCCGACAAUGAUCCAGCAGGGCCCGCCACCGCUUACGACUGUGGUCGCAAUUAUGUAGCUGGAGGUUCCGGUACCUACGACGAUCCCUUGACGUUCGCAUCCGCGCCUGGAGAAUUCGAAAUCUGUGAGAUCAUUUACGAUCCCUACCUCAAGAAGUACCUUCGUCUGGAAGACUACUGCGAGCAAUGCACACAGGACUGGUCCAAUAGGAACAACAGACACAUCGAUGUCUGGACUGGGUCAAGCACUGUCAAUGGCGAAGGCGCACAGAUCCAGUGUGAAAACGACUUGACGCCAGCAUCCAAUAGCCAGACAAUCAUCAGACAGCCGGGCGCGAAUCUACCAGUAGACAAUACUGUUCUCUUCGCUGACGGCCAGUGUUACACUUCAAAUGUGUACGCUAAUUACAACAUCGGGGAUUACUGCUAAGGUGCAGAUGAAUAACUGGGGGAGAGUAGCUUUCGUUAAAACAGACAGGAAGUUUGGAAGCUAUCAGUCUCUCCACCAUCCAUUGUCGAGAGAGUUUCCGUUAGCUUUCUUGUUGACGAAAGGACAUUGAUAUUUGGGUAUGGGUGAGGUGAGAGGGCUUUGCUGUGCGCGUGUCAGGUUUGCUUUGUUUAUGUGUCACUCAUUAAGCUGUUGAAGCUCAUUAUCACGUUGGGCUUUGUUCUGUUUUAAGAUCCUACUCUUUACCUAUGCGCCAAGUACCCUCUUCCAGUUAAGAGAUUACAUUCAUUACUGUUAUUACAAAAAAUAUUUAGAAAUAGAUGUUGGAAAAUAUCGGCUG